UGGCGCUCGGUCGCGAGCAACGGAGCCAGUCGUGAGCUUCGUGCCGUGGUUGCUGGGGCGAUGCGCCUGGCGCAUCGACCGACGUGCGCGACUGCAGCAGCAGCAGCAGCAGUAGCAGCAGCAGCAGCAGCAGCAGUAACAACAGCAGCAGCGACAACGAGUGUAUUGCACGUCGCACCAUCGCGCCCGUUGUCCGUCGUCCUCGCCGUUGUCGUUGGUGCCGGACUCGCUGGAACGACGACGCUCGCACGUGAGCACGUCGCCGCGGCCGCGAGAUGAGAGACGUGUGACCAAGGAGAGCCCGAUCGCCAGCCGGGGCAUGGCCAGCAGCACGGAGGACUACGGGGGCUCCGAGCUGCAGGAGCUGCAGUGGGGCAGCCGUACCACCGGUUCGUACUUCGUGCGCGGCACGACCGGCGGUUCUCACUACUCGCGCGGCGGCACCGGCGGCUGCUAUGAGGCCGAGGACCUCGAGCCCGUGGUCCGGCAUCAUGGCAGCCAGCACCGCGGCUACUACAGCCCGCCCGGCACCAGCUACACCAUCGUCGAGAGGCCGCCCAGCGCGCCCCAUCAUCACUCCUCGCAUGCGACCCCCUACAGAUCGCACCGGGGCCACGGAACCACCGGCGGCAGUGCCAUCUCUCCGGAACAGGUGAUCAGGCUGUUCGGUACCAGCGUUGCGGAGCGACGUCAAGCUGAGCGCAGGUCGCCGGCGUCGAGCCCGGCGAGCGUGACGACGGUGCGCAACACACCGACCGCGUCCGGCGGCUCGCAGCAGCAGCAGCAGCAGCAACAGCAGCAGCAGCAGCAACAGCAACAGCAGCAGCAGCAGCAGCAGUCGCAGCAGCAGUCGCAGCAACAGUCGCAGCAGCAGCAACAGACCGGGGGGAACGCUGGUAAUCCGCCCACGUCGCCGAUCUCGCAGCCGCUCAGCCUACAGGAGCUCACCGUAAGGACAAUCACCAUGACGAGAGAUCCGCCGGACUCUCACCAUGGCUUUGGCAUCUGCGUGAAGGGUGGCAAGGACGCAGGUGAGAUCCGCAGUACCUUCAGGCUACCCCCGUCGCCGUACUUCGUGCCUCGAGACCGAGAAGCGCAGUCAGGGGUUGGCGUCUACAUCUCGAGGGUGGAGGAAGGUUCGGUGGCCGAACGCGCUGGACUCAGGCCAGGAGACACCAUCCUGGAGGUGAACGGUACACCCUUUCGCGCGGUCACCCACGAAGAGGCCCUCAAAAUGCUGAAGUCCUGCAGGACUCUGAGCAUGACGGUACGAGGACCCGCCUUGGAUCCCCGCUGCCGGGGCGGUCACCCCGUGUGGUCGUCGUCGGGCCGCCAGCAGUCCUGCAGCUGGAUGGACCGCCAAGGCCGUCCGGCGUCCCCGCCGCCCCUUCAUCCGCCCCGCGAUUCCCGCUACGGACCGAGGACGCGGAAGGUCGAGCUGUGCAUCGAACCCGGCCAAUCUCUAGGCCUGAUGAUCCGUGGCGGCCUCGAAUACGGCCUCGGAAUCUACGUGACGGGCGUUGAUAAGGACAGCGUCGCCGAUCGCGCCGGGCUCCUCGUGGGCGAUCAGAUCAUCGAGGUGAACGGGCAGAACUUCGAGGAGGCGACGCACGACGAGGCUGUUCAGAUACUGAAGACCAACAAGAGGAUGAGCCUGCUGAUACGUGACGUUGGCAAAGUGCCCCAUUCGUGUACCACCAGCCAGCCUAUAGUUGUCCCGACCACCCGAUACCCUGAGCACGAUCCCUUACUGCUGGAAAGCCCCGGGAAUCAUCGUCCACCCAGUCCAGUGAGCAGCACGAACGAGUGGAGGCACCGGGGUGGCAUUCACACCAUUUCGGCGGCCACCGCCGCCAUGGUGGAGGAGAAGGCGCGUGUCGUCCUCGCCAGGAGCGAACGUGCCGCGCUCUCUCAGCUCCUGGCGGAUUACAGGACGAGAAGGUUGACGAUAGAGGAACUGAUCGUCAGUCUGAGCGACCUGCUCAACACCCACGAGAAGUUGACGCUGCUGACGGAGCUUAGGGAGUUGGUUGACAACAAGGACAGAGCGGCCUUCGACGAUCUCGUUUACCGGCCCAGAAUAGCAAUGGCCAGGAGAAAAGGCGACCGCGCACACUCGGACCUGAUAGUGACUCCCUCGCUGCACGAUCUUCCGAGGGGUGUGCCCGGUUGCCGUCCGGGACGACUGGUGGACGUCGAGGGAGAUCCCCUAGGAGUGACGGGCCCUCUUCUACCGCGGGAUAGCCAGGAGUAUAGAUCACCGAGCGAGGACAGCGGUCUCGGGGCCGACAUGCCCAGGACCAGAGUGGGCUGCAGGAGGGCGCAGCAGCACCAAGUGACGACCUCCGACCUCGCCCUCUCCAAUGAUGACGAGUGCGACAAUCAGGAUUACGAUGACGAGAUCGAGAACGGACGGGGUCGCAGACACAGCUCUCCGGGCGGUUCACGAGGUAACCCCAGGGAUUACGGCCAUCACCUGCACCCGGACAAUUUGGAGAGCGAUGGGGGUUGCGAGGGUAGCGACGCCGAGAUGAUCGGUAACGGGAGACGGGGCGCCGGCGACAGGAAUCGCGAUUUGGAGGAAGAUGACGAGCUCGAGAGCAGGGAGGAGAGGGGCUCGGAGAGUGAAGGAGGUGGUGGAGGUUUCGGUGGUUGGAGGUCCCACCUGCUCGGUGGACUAACGCAACGCGUCAAAUCCUGGUACUGGGGCGCCAGGCCCCUCGAGCUCGCGCACAAGCUCUCGCGGAGCUUCGACAUGCAGGAGGCGCAGCUGCUGGAGGAGGGUAGCUCCGGCAGCGGGUCCGCCGUGGGUGGGACCGCGGGGGGUCCCCCGCGGCGGCAUCACAGCGUACAGCGGCUAACCCGCAGCGAGAUGUCGGAGCGACGGGAGGAGGACGGCGCCCUGGUCGUGCCCGAUCAUCAGGGCAACCUGCGGAUCACCGUAAAGAAGACCAAGUCGACUUUGGGCAUCGCCAUCGAGGGCGGCGCCAACACCAAGCACCCACUGCCCCGGAUCAUCAACAUACACGACAACGGAGCAGCUUACGAAGCUGGCGGCCUCGAAGUCGGACAGCUCAUCCUCGAGGUCGAUGGUCAAAAAGUUGAAGGACUUCACCAUCAAGAGGUCGCGCGACUGAUCGCGGAGUCAUUCGCGCGCCGCGACCGAAACGAGAUCGAGUUCCUGGUGGUGGAGGCGAAGAAGAGCAACCUGGAGCCGAAGCCGACGGCGCUCAUUUUCCUGGAGGCGUAGCAGGAAUCUCCCACCUCCGAGCCGGAACCACCAUAGCCCAACCUGACCAAGGCUCGGCCGGCGGCGACUCAACCCGAACGUCGCCGCCGUUGAAUCCGAUCGAGACUGAACCACCAAUGUCGGACGUCCCUACGACAAUCUCUCGAAGGGAUCCGACCUUUGGAGAACCAGCCUUGAGGGGGGGGCUAACAACUAGUCUUCCCCCUCGAGUUCUCUCGACUCGGAUGGCCGAGCUGUAGGUCAGCCGCUAAUUGAUUAACCUGGCCCUGGCGGUGGGAACUUCACUUCGCCCGCUGAUGAAACAACAACAACAACAACCCUUCGAAGAAGCACUUCGUCGGAAGGGAGAAGAGCGAGAACGCCGGCGAGAGAUUUCGCGGAUCGGCGUUGCCAGAUCCUCCCUCGAUAUUUGAGCCCGAGUCGUCCCGUGAAUAACCGCGUUAUUCCACGUACACACAGGGGACAAGGAUCCUAGAAAGUUCCUGGAUGCUCGUGCUGAAGUGGUAGCUGGAGUCGCAACUCGCCCUCCCCUCGCGCGCGAAACCCGCAAAUCGGCACGAGACUGCCACUGGGGAAGAGUUACUUUUACUGUAUAUAUACAUACAAAACACAUACCGCUGUACAUACCUUCUCGUAACAGACGCAGUUCGAUAAGAAGCAGGAAGCUGUAGUCGAUACUCUCCGAGAGCAUUCGGGACAGACACAUCUUCGGCUUUCGGGUUUCUGGCAACGCCGUUCCCGAACCUCGAGAGAAAGAGAAAGAGAGAGAGAGAGAGAGAGAGAGAGAGAGAGAGUUGCAGAACUCUGUUCAUCAAUUAAUAAUUGCGCGAUCGUAACCAGGUGAACGCGAGAGCUAUACGUCGGCCCUCGGAGGACCCCAAACAUAGAGCGCGAAUAUAAAGAAUCGUAUAUUUUAUUUUUCAACGUUGCUUCAAGGUGGUUCGAUGGAGAAAACGGAAGGAUCGCGCAAUGUGCCAAACUAACGCAAGCCGUUUGCGUAUUACUAAUAAAGCUACUAAUCGCUAAGGGAUCGAUUCGAGACGAGAGGGAGGAGGGAAGGGGGAAGGGAGACAAAUUCGGCGGAACGCGCGAGAAAGGGGUGGGUAGACGAGGGACGGGCGGACCUACAUGCUCACACGGCGUAGUUGCGUGAACGAUUACCUCACAGACACAAUUUCACCAGACCUUACACCCACGUUCGACACGGAAUAUUAUAUUUCGGGCGCGAAUCUCCGUAUUUCGACGGCGCGGAGGUCACGUCGGCCCGAGUCGAGAUUAAUCGCGCCGUUGAUUAAUUAUGAGAGUUACGGAUGGCGUUUGUGUGUCCGAAAGGUAGGAGGACGUGAUCGAAGGCUCGUCGUGUUUCGGGAGGAGCUUUAAGAACUUUUAGGAAUUUAAUUGAAUGGGAAUUAAAUAAAAUAUGGGAAGACAGAUGCCGAGCGCAAAUUAAAUUGAAUCAAAUAACGUGGAUUGAAGAGAUACGAAAGAAGGAUCGGUAAAAUGGGCCGAUUUUUGCUCUCGAAGUGGCAAGUAAAAACUGUAUGUUUUUUUAAAUAUUUUUUGAACCGUUGAAUCUGAUUCUGACCUAUGAAGGGAAAAUAUUACGAAGAUAUUGAAUAAAAAUUAUUAAGAGAAUAAUGUUAAUAAAAAUGAAAGAUGAUAGUAAAAUUAUAGCAAAAUAAACAGCAUUAAGUGAAAAUGGACUAAUAUGUGAGUAACACGAGUUAAUAAAUGACCGAAGCAGAUUGAUGCUUAAUACUUUUUGCUCAAGUCUUACAAUUUCUUAGUAGAGUAAAAUACUACAAUAGAAUAUAAGAAAAGGUCCUUGAAAGAUUUAAUAAAAAAUUUCAAAUAGUUUCCGUCGACAAUGCCUCUGCUUUUAGAUAGAAUUUUUUUUUAGCAGAAUAAACUAUUAAAAAUAAGAGCAUCAUCAUGUUUUAAGGGAGAAAAAUACGAAUUAAUACGUAAAGCUCAACCAUAACAAUUUACACUAGAUCUUUAAUAGCUUUAUAUGCAAUUUAAUAUUUUCCAAAACAUUUUUUUAAAGGUCAGAUUUAAAUUCAACAAUGCAAAAACUACAAAAAGAACUGAUUUACUUGUAUCACUGCGGAAGCAAAAAUCAGUAUAUUUUAUCUUUAUAUUGAAAAACAAUGUAAAAACUAUUCUAUUGAAUAAAAUAUUUUUGAAAAAAAAAACAGACAUUCUAAAUUUCUGAUGGCAAUAUUUUCUACAAUGCGGGUCUGAGUUUCUCUAAUUAUUAUUAUAUUAUAACCUUUGUAGACAUCUGACUACCGAGAUAGUUCAACCCCCUUCUACUUUUCGGAUACAGUUCUGUUGAUCAAGAUUCUCGUUAAUUCGAGUGAUUAGGUGUCGUUCGGCUGGUCCUCGAAAUCGCGCCUAAUACCGCUUAAUAGUCUGUUAAAUGUUAUACUGUUUAGAUUUAACGUUGACGUAGUUGAUAGUCGUUGAUCGGACGUCGCUAGGACGUUGUUCGUCGCGUUGUUCGUUUAUUGCGUUGUCAGUUGUAUGUUAGAAGAUUUUAACCCCUCGGGGACGCGCGAUAUAUUCGCAAACGCUCGCGUGCUUAUUACUAACGUAACCAUAUUUCACGCUGAAAUUUUUAAUAGAAUUGAAUGAGAAUUAAGCAACGUUCCGUUGUCUCUCACCGCAGAGAUCAAUUCGCCAAAGAUUACCGAACUUUUUUACCGAUGUUUAUAAAGUCACUAUUCUUUUUCGUUUAUCCCGCAACGUCUGUGAUAAAGAUAAAAAUCUAGAACGAAUCGAUAUUCAACAAAUAAAAAGUUACAUUAUUUUGGAGACACCUCGUGCGCGCAGAUAUAUCGCGACCCCAAGGUAGGGUUAAUGAUAAUAAAUAUUUUUUUGACUAUCGAGUAAUGGCCGAAGUGCGUCGAUGAUCCGUCAUCGGGGCGGAAUUAACGACGAUCUUGACCCGAGAUCGAGACGAUCGGGCGUCGAACUUGUUACGUUGCGUACCGUUGUUGAGGCUUAAAAGAAGUAUAUUACUCACGUACAUACUAUGGUACACAUAUUUAUACAUGUACAUAUAAGUAUUAUGGUAUGAGAAACUACCGUAGUGGAAUUGCAAACAUCGUACCUAACUACUCUGGGCGUCAAGCGUCUCGCCGAACGGGGGGGAGGGGGGGGGGCAGGGUGGGGAGUAAUUUAAAGAUAAAACAGAAAAUAUUUGAAAAAAAUAAUAAGAAGGCAGUAUUUUCGAAAGAGAACCUAUUAAGCUUAGAGUGAGUGCGUACGCAUAGUAAGGGCCUGAUCGAAUUCGAGUUCGAGCGACGCGAAAUCGCGGAGGAUCCUGCGCGAACGAGAGGACCUCGGCAAGAUCUCUCGAAAUCUCUGGCUCUAGGAAAAAGACGAACAGGUGUGUCGAAUAAGACGAAUCUUUAUAUUUUCUAAUUCGCAGAGCCGGGGCUCGGGUGCGGCGAAUGUGGCGCUUGCCAUCGUGUAAAACGUUUAAAGCCCAAAUGUGACAAUAUAAAUUUCCGUAUAUUUUUAUUAAUACAAUGAAAAUUAUUUAACAUUAUGUAAGUCAAGAAAAGUUUGUCGAAUAUGGGAAUCCUUUGACAAUGAAAUGUAAGGCAAGGAUAUAAAUUUUUAUAAAAUAAUUAACGAUCUUGCGGUUAUCGAAGCACAAAAAGUAUCAAACUCUAAACGAAAAAAUAUUUUUUUCUGUGAAUUACAAGAAUUAAUAUUAUCUAUGUAAAGGUGAAAUACACGUUAUAUGUAUACACACAUUCUGAUUUUAUUUUUCAUUCGUUUGUAAUAUACAUGUACCGUAUUCAAAAUGUGCUUAAAAGAUCUUAACACUCUUUUCUUUUCAUUCCAUUUUAUCGUCGUUAGACAUAAAACAAGGAUAGAAUGAUAAAAAAAACGCCAACGUUUGUAUAAACGCGUUCUAAAUACGAAUCUUUAUUUGUAUGUAUAUACGUGAUUAUAAUAUGUUACUAAAUUAAUGUUAAUAUAUUAAAUAUCAUAAUUAUAAUUUCUUAUUAUAUAUAUAUCACAUAUGGUAAAAAGAGGAAUGUACUUUUUUGUUUUUACUAAAAAGCGCAUUUUUAUUUUUUGCCUCGAAUGCCGAAACACCUGGUCCCGGCUCAGCUAAUUCAAAUCACAAACCGUACGUUAUUUCAUAUACCUCCCACAUUUUCACAGAUUUUUACGCAAAUUUAAUUUAACUGUGUACCUUUAGAGUCAAAGAAAAUUAGUUGCUGCGAUAUUCGUUUUACUUUUUGCUAUUAUGAAUAUAUUGCAUACAAUUUAUAAUUAAAUAUAAUGCGCAGAAAACCGUGAUAUAUGUUCUUUUUCCUCGAGUCAGGAAAGUUUUCUGGAAAGUUCUCUGGAAAUUUCUGCGAGAGUAGCAAGUCACUAGUCAAUAAGCGCAUCCCAUUCUUGCGUAUAUGCAUAAUUUUGACGAAUAGAUGCGUUUUGCGCGAAUAAACACAAAGUCCUUGAAGAGAUAUAGAAAUUAUUAUAUAUAUAUAUUAAGUGUUAUCUUCGUAUAUGUAAGCGAUAAAUAGAGCAGGAAUUGAGUAGUGCGUAAUGACAAGCAUACCGCGAGUAUUUUAAUACGCUAAUCACGCAUCCGCCGGAGAGGAGAAACGAUUCGAUCGUCCGCGAUUUUGCCGAAACUAAAGCAAAAGAGAAAAAAAUAUAUAUUAAAACCGUAGGGUAUAAUACGCGUGCGAACCAUUGUACAGUUGUAUGAAUGCCAAAUCGAGCCACAGGCGAGCGAAGAAAGACACUUAAUCACAUUAUCCAGACGAUUAACCCCUCAUCGAUAUGAUACACAAAUAUUAUUCAUAAAUAGAUAGAAUAUUUCAUAUUUAUUCUUUUAUUCAAAUUGAUAUUUUGGUGUUUCCAAAUUUUUACUUUGAUAUCUCUUAAAGAAAACUUCUGAGAAUUCUUCAAACAUAAUCUUUCAGAAUUUAUAUAAAUUUUAGAAUUAUAUAACUUCUUUUAGAAAUUUUUUUCAGAUUUUUUAAUGCAAAUAUUCAAACAUUUUACAAAAAAGUACUGAAAAAAUGUAAAUAUUUUCUAAAAUUCUUUGUAUGAUAAAUUCCGAAAUAUUGUAACAAUUGUAUACUUUUCGGGAAAAGCUUAUAAAAUAUGAAGAAGUUAAAAUUAUAUUUCUAUAAUUCUUUGGUUCUAUAAUUUUCUCUAAUUCUUUAUAUAUCUAAUUUAAAAUAUUUUUUCAAGAAAUCUUCAUAAAUUUAAAAUAUAAAAAAUUCUGAAAAAUAUUAUGAGAUAUAAGAAUUUUUUUCAUCGGGAUAGAUUUGCGUAAAAAUGUUUAAUAUUCCACAUUGCUAAAUACCUAAUAAUAAAGCCUUGGAAUAAAAUUUAAAUUAAUUAAAGUCAAUUGCUUAAUAUUAAUUUCAAAACAGAGAUUUUUAAUUACGCAGAAAAGUAAUGUUUUCUCUCGCAUAUAUUAUUAAAAAAGACUCUAUCUUUUAAAAGCUAUCACGUUACGAGGGUUUAAUCGUCUGAGAUUUCAGCAAAUGUGCCAAAAAGUUUGCGCUUAAUCAUAUCCAUCAAUCGACAUGGACGGCUUCAAUCGACAACGUCAUGUCGAAGGAGAGGAAGGUGGAACAAGAGGGAGAGGGAGGGAGAGACAUCAGCAAAUUGAGAAAAAUUUCCCGGAGCACAUUUGAAUCUUUUCUUCGCUAUUAUUUUGUAGCAUGUACGGGAGCAUGAGAAGUCGCUUUAAUCACUACGUCGCAGACGAGGGGAAAGAGGAACAAUAUUAAGGAAGGAGAGCUAAAAGAGCGCGCUGACGGGACAAACGAGAGAGAGAGAGAGAGAGAGAGAGAGAGAGAGAGAGAGAGAGAGAUCGUCGAACGAAUCAGUGCGCCGGGCUCGAAAGACGAGAAAGGACGAGGGGAAUUUUGAAAAAAGCGACGGGAGGAAAGUACAAGGGACUUGAAACAAAGAAAAAGAAAGAGAGAGAAAGAGAGGAAGAAAGAGACAUAAAAUAAGAUGAGAUAUUUUUGUAAAGCUUUCGAUGUUUAACCGCGCAAUCCCAGAAACGUUUCGAAGAUCUCAGCUGACAUAUCCGACAAUGCCUUAUCGCUUUUAAAAAAGAAAAAUCGAAAACUAUCGGGGAACGUUAUGCGAGAGGGAAACACGAAAACACCGGGAUACGCGUGAGACACCUGACACACAACCCCAAUCCAUUUCCCGCCUUCCGAGAGAAAUAAGUCGCAGGACACUCGGUAGCACGCUUAAAAGUUGCUUAAAAACUGCAAUUUUAAACUGCAGUCUUAAUAAUCAUGCAAAUCUAUUCAUUUCUGUUUUCUUAUAUUUGAAAAAUGCAGGAAGAUGAAAGGAGUUAAAUAGAAGAUUUUAUCUUAAAAGAUAAUUCAAUUCAGCGCGACGUGGAAAAGGAAAGAUCGAGGAGAUAUUAGCGUCGAAUCGAGUCUUAACCCUAGAAUGUUAUUAUAAUAAUUUAUUUAUAAUAUAACUUAAUUUAAUAUUAAUUUAAUGAUAUUUAUUUAUAGAAUAUCUAUAAUUUAGUUUUUAUAAAAACAUAUAACUGAAUUAAUUAACUCAAGAGAAAAGAAAGAAGAGGCACGCUAAUAAAUUCAAUCUGCGAGCUGCAUGUCAAAUUUACGAUGGUACUCUAGGGUUAAUUGAUCAAUGAGCGUCGUAAUUCUUUACUUGACUGACGUAAUUUAUUAUUUUCGCACGCGUGUUGCGCACGAUAUUUUUUCUCAGCUCGCAAAAACGUACGAUUUCGGUCGCGCGCUGUUUAAGCCGCGCUCCAAAUCGAGAGAGUCCCGAGAGUGAGCUCUUAAUCUUUCUUAACCGACACUUUUCUCCGACGAGAUUGAGCGGCACGAUUAUCCGGAAUUUUCCCUCAAACGAUCUCGUUUUCGACGAAAAAAAAAAAAAGUACAAUUAUAUUUAGAUUUAAAAUCGCGCGAGCCAGUUUCGAGAAGGAAAAAGGAAGAUUUACAUAUAUAACGAAUUUUAUAAUCUCAUUAGUUUCCAUCCCUUUUACAAAAUAAUCUUUUUCCGACCGGAACAAAUCCCGAUCCCGGCUUUAACGCGUAAUCUCAUAUCCCUCGUACGAAGAAUGGAAAAAGGUAUCUCACGUGGCACGAUGACGGAAAGGAAAUCGAAAUUUAAUUAAGUAAUAACAACAAUUAAUGCAAAGUCUCGCGUAACUCCUAACUCCUAUUUACUGAUCAAUUGGAAGAGAAUGUGAGGGAGAAAAAUAAGCGAAAAAUUAAAAUAGGAACACAUUAUUAUCACGUUGCGUGCUUGUUUUCACUUGUCACAUUUUGUUAUUGGAUUUGGUAUUCAGUCGUUGCACCACUUUUUUUGCAAUUAACAUAAAAAAGAGAGACAUUUCAUCAAAGGCGUCUGUAAUUAUGACUCAUCUGCAAUUUAAAUUGAUGGAAAUUUAAAUGGUACAUUAUUCCGGAAAAGCUGUAUUAUUUUUCUAAUUCUGUUUUCUUUUUUUAGCCGUUUUGAAUAACAAUGUAACCAGUAUCGGAAAAAAUGGUUAGUUGAAAUAGAAAAAGUAAUAGAAAUAUUUAAUUAAAAUAUGUACUUAUAAAAACAUUAUUUGAAUUAAUUGUUGUACAUUUAAACAUAAAAAAGCAAAUAAUAUUUAAUAUUUACUUGAAAUAACUUAUUUAUUUUACAUUAUGAUAUAUUAAAUAAGUUUUCUGCAGUUUCUAUUGUUUACUCAUGUUAAAAUAUUUUCUAUUUAUUAAAAGAACAAAAUAGAAAAUAAUAAAUAGAAAAGCAACAGGAAAUAGAGAAAAUUUACAUAUCUAUCUAUAUACAUCAAAAUGUAUAAAAUAAAUAUCUUACUUUAGUAAAUGUGUACAUAAAUGAAUACUAUUUUUUUAUAUUUGCUUCACAAAAUACGUACUUCAGAAAUACGUAUUUUUUUUCUAUAUAGAUUCUUUUACAAAAUAUAUUUCUAUUAUAUCUAUUUCAAUUUUUCUCUAGGAUCAAUUACAACUAGAUAGACAAUUCUUGCUUGAAAUUAGAUAACAAUUAAUGCAGUAAUCGACAAAAGAAUUUGCAGACCAAGAAAAGCUAAGUAUUUAUCGAUGAACAAAACAGUGGAAAUAAAUUGAAAAUCUACACUGUGGAUUCAUUAAUAUUAUUAUCUAUACGACGUGACGUGAUAAUGGUGUAUCCACACCGUUAAUACUGACACAUAAAAAACAGUAUGUAAUUAUAAUUGUAAUUUACUAUUUAUACAUACGCAAGAGCUCGUUCAUUCGCGUUUCGUAGAUCAUCUCUUUUGCAAUCGAAACUUAUAUAUCUCUAACACAUGCGUACACACGUACAUGCAUAUACACACACAUACACAAAUAAACAAUACAUCUACAUCCCAAUACAAAAGCAUACGUGACAGUCACACGAUGCAUGGAUCAAAAAACAAAAUCAGCGCGCUAGGUUGCAUUAAUUAAGUAACUCGUCAGUUUAUUGUAUCGCCUCGAGGAAACAACGUUGUUGCGUAAAGGAAAGAAUAAUAAGAUGAAUCGAUUCACACGUACAUGACCACGUAGAGCCAUGUUAAGAAGGCGAUUGCGAAGGCGUAGCUCACAGCACGGCAUGGCACGUGCGAGCGCGCGCUGCCAUUUUAUCAUUAUUGUUCUUAUCAUUAUGAUGAUUAUGGUGAUUAUUAUUACUACGAUGAUGACGAUUAUUAUUACUAUAAUUGAAUAAAACGUUCACCACG